AUGGGACAGCAACAAUCCGGUUUUGGUAGCAAACGUGAAGAUCGAGGUGCUGGUGAUGCGGAUAAGGAAAAGAAGCGAAAAUAUGAAGCACCAAUUCCAACACGGAUAGGAAAACGCAAGAAGAAAGGUAAAGGACCUGAUGCAGCAACAAAACUACCCACAGUUACACCGCACACUCGAUGUCGUUUAAAAUUGUUGAAAUAUGAACGCGUCAAGGACUAUCUUUUGAUGGAACAGGAAUUUAUUCGCAAUCAGGAGCGCUUGAAGCCACAAGAAGAAAGACAAGAAGAAGAACGUAGUAAAGUAAAUGACUUACGUGGAACACCUAUGGCUGUUGGUAACUUGGAAGAAAUCAUCGAUGAUCAGCACGCAAUCGUUUCUACAAACGUAGGCAGUGAACAUUACGUGAACAUUCUUUCGUUUGUUGAUAAGGAGCAGUUGGAACCUGGCUGUGCUGUAUUAUUGAAUCACAAAACACAUGCCGUAAUAGGUGUUCUGGCUGAUGAUACUGAUCCAAUGGUUUCGGUCAUGAAGUUAGAGAAAGCACCACAAGAAACCUAUGCAGAUGUUGGUGGACUUGAGCAACAAAUACAGGAAAUUAAGGAAUCCGUCGAAUUACCAUUAACACAUCCUGAAUAUUAUGAGGAAAUGGGCAUAAAGCCUCCAAAAGGCGUGAUACUUUAUGGAUGUCCUGGUACGGGUAAAACGUUGCUGGCGAAAGCAGUCGCCAAUCAAACCUCGGCUACUUUUCUUCGUGUGGUUGGUUCGGAGCUCAUUCAGAAAUAUCUGGGUGAUGGACCGAAGAUGGUGCGCGAACUUUUCCGUGUAGCAGAGGAACACGCACCUUCCAUAGUGUUUAUAGACGAAAUAGACGCAGUUGGUACUAAGAGAUAUGAUUCAAAUUCCGGAGGCGAGCGUGAAAUUCAGCGUACUAUGCUUGAGUUACUCAAUCAGUUGGAUGGGUUUGACUCUCGUGGUGAUGUAAAAGUACUUAUGGCAACAAAUCGUAUAGAUUCUUUAGAUCCUGCCUUAAUUCGGCCGGGCCGUAUUGAUCGCAAAAUAGAAUUCCCAUUGCCGGAUGAAAAGACUAAACGUCGUAUUUUUCAAAUUCAUACGUCACGAAUGACUCUUGCAGAUGAUGUCGAUGUUGAUGAAUUCAUUUCAUCCAAAGAUGAACUUAGUGGUGCUGAUAUUAAGGCAAUGUGUACGGAGGCUGGUUUACUAGCAUUGCGAGAACGUCGCAUGAGAGUAACUAUGGACGAUUUCAAGAAGUCAAAAGAAAAUGUGCUCUAUCGCAAAAAUGAAGGAGCACCAGAGGCCUUAUACUUAUGA